AACACUCCAGGGUAGGCAGUUGGAUGGCAGGGGACCAGCGGAGAUGUACGGCAGGGGUUCUUGUGAAAAAGGCCCGCCCUCCAAGACUUCCUCAGCAACGACAACGACGACGACGACCGCUUGCCGCCCAACCACGGGCCGCCGUCUCCUAGUGCUGCUCUGAGCUUCACGCUGUCGAUGAUCUUGGCGGUACAUCUGGACGAUGUCGUUGGCCUGCCUCUUCCUGGUCGAGUCCGGUAAAAGUGCUCCCCCAUCCGCCAGCCGCCCCCAGCCAAUGGAUUCGUGUUACCCAACCUUGCCUGUCCGAACCAGUGAUAUUUUCUCCUGUGACCAGGAAGGCAGAACACAAGAGAGAGCAUGAAGGGCUCUGGUGUUGGGGGCGAGAAGACAUGAGGAGAGAAGGAGGACUCAUCAUGAGCAGUCGAUUGCUAUUCGAGUUAUCUGAGCACAUUUCCGUCUUCUUGGCCAUGUGUGCACACGCAGGGCCAUCUACAUGUUGGUGUUGACGCCGCGGGAUCGUCCAUGCCGUCAACAGGCUGUUGUUAUUCCCCUGGUCCGUUGCUACUAUAUCGAGAAGAAGAAAGGUUGCAACCCCACUUCCGGUCUUACAUCUUUUCUUACGGCGUUCGAGUCUUAUGUGUAGACCAUUUCUGCUUCUAGACUUGAAUUUCUCUUCUUUCCCCGUUUCUCUCAAAGCAACACCACAGGAAUCUGCAGCAUCUCCAACAUUCAGGAGACACAGGGAACAAAAAAAAAACGGCCUGCCACUGCCCGAUCACAGUUCCUCGCUUACCGACGUACAUCUGCGGCCUCCCUCUUGAGCCACGAGCGAAAAAGCAGCUAGAGGUAACCACGAAGCCAGUCCGGUGCCCACUCCUGACUCCCAGUGGGCGUCUAUUUUCGACAUCAGUCGCUCGACCUUAUUGGCGACACUAGCCUGUCGUCCUAUCAGCUUCCGUGUCUCGGGUCCGACUACACCACCCCUGUGCAAAAGAGGCAAGACUCGCGCAACCACCCAUACCCAUCCACCACCAGGAUACCAAAUCAAGGUGUACCAGGUAGUGGCAGCGGCUAUUCAAAACCACCUUCACCCCAACGGCAGCGUCUCGCUUUCCAUCCUCUCCUCUACUUCGGUAGCUGGGCUCUCUCAUAUCUGUGUCUCCUUUUCAUUAUACUCUAUUUCCUUUUGCUUCACUCCUGCAAAGUGUGUGCCGUCAUCAUCUCACAGUUUGAGGCUGUGUACCCUUUGCUAGUUUGAUAUCGACAUCGGGAACUGGCUUCUUCGAGUUAUUUCUUCAUACAGUAAAGCCAACUAAAACAUAUACACAUCUACAAUCGUCGACAUGGCCUUUAACGACGAGAAGAAGCGGCCAGCCGCUCUCAACCUGACGCCUCAACGAACAAUGUCGGCCGGCUCAGUCUCUUCUAACAACUCAUCAUCCACAUCCUCAUCACUGGCCAAGCCUCCAAGAACACCACGAUUUGCCGAAGCCACCUCAGUACACUCGCCUGUCGAUGGACGAACACUACCCUUUUCUGACCAGUCGGAGGUUGCGCAUGCUCAGCCUGGAGAUGUUGGUUUUGGUUAUAUCGGGAAUGGAGGAAACAGGGAAUCAGUCGCCAUGCCAAUGACACCAAGGUCGCCCCUCAAGAGUGCGAUGAAGGUUCCGGGAACACCAGGUCGGACUCUGGCCAAUCCUCUCAGCCCGACAUUCAGGGAAGAGGAGGAGCUGGAGGUAAAGGAAAAGUUGACGGAGAAGGAGCAGGCCAGGGAUUUGAAAAUCAAAACCCGGGUACGCAUGGCCAAGUUCGCUCUCCGCGGUGUCAACUUCAGCUGCAGUCUCAUCAUUCUCUCCAUGCUUUCGGCCUCGUUUUCCAUCUUCAACGCUACCCGACAUCUUCCGGCCAUGAACGGCCUUCCCGCGUGGGCCGCUGGCACCAACCCUUGGCCUCAAUACGUCGUUCUCGCCUGCUCCUGCGUCUCGCUGCUCAUCUGCAUCGGUGUCUUCAUUGGUUACUGCCGUGGGGGUCAUCAAAGGGCGGAGAAGGUUGGCGUGUACUACACGCUCUUUGCUGUGGGCUGGUUCAUUUUCAGCAUGAUCAUGUGGGCGGUAGCUGCCGGCAUCUUCCAAUUCACCAAGAACAACAGCAAGAACCAAGACAUGUGGGGUUGGUCCUGCGUUGAGAACCACCGCGCGGAGCUCUUCAAGGACAAGGUCGACUACGCGCUUGUGUGCCGUCUUCAGAACUGGGGUCUUAUCUGCAUGAUUAUCGAAAUCAUUAUCGAGAUCAUCAGUAUCACGCUCUACAGCAUCGUCUUCUACCGCUACUGGUCCAAGCGCAAGCUGCUCAAGUCUAUGAACAUGCGCGACAAGGCCCGGUCCGACCUCUACCUCGCCCAGCUGCGCGUGCAAUCGGCGCCCAACACGCCCGGCUUCGGCCCCAAGUCACCCACCUUUUCGCAAUACGCCCUUUCCCCCCGCUUCCCGCCCUCGCAGUACCAAUCCUUUGACGACGUCGAGAAGGGUUACGGUCCCGGUCCUACCCAGCAGCAGCAGCAGCAGCAGCAGCCAACCACCCCCGGCGGCCAGCGUCUCAUCAUCCCUCAGCAGUCCUCCUUCAGCUCGCCCAAGAUCGACACGGGUUUCAAGCUGCAGGCUCCUCCCUCAAAGGCCAACCCUGCCACGCCCGUCACGCCCAAGGGCGGGUUCAUGACGCCUUCGUCUUCCAACGCGGUCUCGCCUGUGGAUCCCAUGCCCCAAAUCAACCUGCCUCAGCCUCCCCCGCCGGCGGUGGUGCAGAUUGCGCACGCGCCGAUGGCGGAUGGCGAGCAGCAGUAUGAGGCGGUACCGAUCCCCGGCGCUUAUGCCGGUCAGGCGAUCAAGAACCCGCCGCCGCCGCCUAUGCAGACGAGGUUUGCUUAGGUGGUGGUCACCGGGUUCGGAUGACAGUAGCAGUGGCAGUGGCUGUGGGUGUGGGUGUCAAUAAGCAAGGCGAUGAAAGUAUAUAUAUCCCCCUUUUUUUUUUCUACUUCUAAAGCAAUCUUCUUUUUCCCUUUGUUCAUAGUUUUUACUUUGUUCGUUUCAAAUUGGAUAUACCAAAGGCGUUGGCGGGAUCACAACUUUUGAUUUUGUGGAAUAGCGAUGGGAAGCUAGGAUGGAAGGAUGGAUGGAAUGACGGAAGAAAAAUUGACCAGAGCAGACGGAGAGUGUGUAUAAUAUGAGCGGGAACUCGAGUUACGUGAAAGAUGAAGAUGAAGAUGGAUGGACGGAUAAGAUGACAGAAGGUCAAGUUACCUUUUUCUUUUCUGAGACAGAUCAGACAGGAAAAGAACAAGAGAAUAGAAUUCUCUCUCUGUGUGUGUGUGAAUUGAAUCAAACAAACAAGUUCGUCUGACAUCAAAGAGUUUCACUUGAACAUGGUGGUAUGCAUAGCCAAGUGGUUGAUUGGUCUUGUCUGUUGUUGAGAAUGAAAGAAAGAAAAAGU